GAUUUGGGCCACAUCAGGAAGGAGGUAGUCCGAAUCCGAUUGGAGUCUUAACGGAAAUGCGAAUGUGACUUUUUCAUCAUCUUUGGGCGAGUUACGUCAUUACGUGGAUACGUCAUCACAACAUCCAGUUUCGAUUGACUGUUGCAGGCGGCCCUCUAUAAAAAGGAGGCUGACAUCAUAGACCAGAAAGUCACCGUGCACCGGCGGAUUGUGUCCUGUAAUAUCAGGAGAUGUGAGAGUGGGCCGGCUGCGGCUCAGCCUCAGCCUCAGUAGAGUAUAAAUGUUGAAGAAGAUUUACUUUCAAAGGGACGACUGCUUUACAGGCUGCAAAGCGUGCUUUUGGAAGCUUUAUCCAAUUCAUCCGACCAUCACUAUUUUUAUUUGCCAAUGGAGACGGAAGAUUACUCCCAACAGCAGAUGGACGCACACUGUUCCAAUGGGGAUACAUCAAAACCCCCAAUGGGGUUAGAGGACUCGUUAAAGGAAUGUGCCGUCGCCCUUGAGCUCUUUCUAAACAACCGGUUCACUGAUGCCUUGGCUCAUUUAAAACCCUGGAAGAACCAGAGCAUGUACCACGCCAUGGGCUACGGCAGCAUGCUGGUGAUGCAGGCGGCCAUGACCUUUGACCCAAAGGACAUGGACGCUGCCAUGGAGUCACUGAGCGAGUCCCUCCUGACUUGCCAGAGGUUUCGAAGGAAAACUGGCAUAAUGGAGACGCUGGCGAGUUUGUGGAACAGGCAAUCCCCUGAAGCCCUGACAGAAGAGGAGAUGCACGCGGAGCUUUGCUACGCCGAAGUGCUGCUCCAGAAGGCGGCGCUCACCUUUCUCGACGAGAGCAUUAUCGGCUUCAUCAAGGGAGGCAUGAGGAUCCGAAGCAGUUACCAGAUUUAUAAAGAGUGUCAGGCCAUGGCGAAUGCUGAUAAGGAAAUGGAAAAGAAGAACAGCACAAACGUCCACUUCAGAGGGGGCGUCCACAUGGGCAUCGGAUCAUUUAAUUUGAUACUCUCGCUGCUUCCAUCCAGAAUCCUCAAGCUGAUGGAGUUUUUGGGUUUCUCGGGGGACAGAGAGAUGGGUUUGUCCCAGUUGAGAGCGGGGGCGUCCAGCGACAGUCUGCGCUCCAUUCUGAGCACCUUGACUCUGCUCAUGUAUCAUCUUUACAUCUCAGUCAUUCUGGGCGCUGGCGAUGUGGACCUCAGCGAGGCGGAGGCUCUGCUGGAGCCUUAUGCCAAAAGGUUCCCAAAUGGGGCCCUCAUGCUUUUUUACAUCGCAAGAAUUGCCUUGCUCAAAGGAAACAUCACACUGGCGCAAGAAAAGUUCCACGCGUGUAUCGCCUCCCAGCAGGAGUGGCGACAGAUCCACCACCUGUGCUACUGGGAGCUGAUGUGGGCCUACUCCUUUGAACAGAACUGGAGGGAGGCGUACCAUUACGCUGACCUGCUCUGUAAAGAAAGCAAGUGGUCACAGGCCAUCUAUGUAUUCCAGAAGGCGUCCAUACUGAGCAUGCUCCCAGAGGAGGAAGUGAAAAAACUCGGUGAAAAUGUGGUGGACUUGUACAGGGAGGUUGAUGGUCUGAGGCUGAGGAUGGCUGGAAAGUCCAUUCCAACUGAGAAGUUUGCUGCCAAGAAAGCUCAGAGAUACACCUCGCCCAAGCCUUCCAAACUGCUCGUCCCGGCUCUGGAGAUGAUGUACGUGUGGAACGGCUUCACUAUAGUUGGCAAACGUGCUGACUUGACUGAAAGCAUCCUGCAGACUUUAGACAAAGCCGAAGAGGAUCUCAAGUAUACUCCAGACCAAUCAGACUACCACUUGGAUGACCAGUGUGUCGUUCAGCUGCUUAAGGGCUUGUGUCUGAGGCAGUUAGGGCAACUGGACCAGGCGGAGAUCUGCUUCAACCGCGUCAUCUCCAGUGAAAGUGAUCUGAAGCAUGACAACUACCUGGUGCCGUUCACCAUGUACGAGCUGGGCUUGCUGCACAAGCAGAGAGGCGACAUUGAAAAGGCCAUCUUUGUGAUCGAAAGCGCCAAGAUGGACUACAAGGACUACAGCAUGGAGUCACGGCUGCACUUCCGCAUCCACGCCGUGCUCAACAGCAUGGGGUCGUUCGCAGCUAAAAUGCCGCCCUCACGUACGCCAGCAUGAGGGGAAUGUGUACUCUACGAAUGGAGCGAGAGGUGGGAGGGGCUUUUAAGCCAUGUGACUGCACUCCGACGUCUCCUUAAGGACAUUUUGUUGACAACUUUAUACCAUUACAUUAAGGCUUAUGUAAAGUCUUAAUAUUGUACUAUAUUAUUUACCUAAAGUCUCCAUUCCUAUCUAUGCCAUCUCAAUUAUGUUACUGUAUACGUAAUAUCUUCAAGAAAUAUGAGUAUAUUGAUGUGUUUUGUAAAUAAUUUGUAUUCAUCU